CAUCCAUCUUUCGAAAAUGGGGUCAAGGAAGAAAAUUACUAAGCCAUAUAACUCAACCAGUGCUGGGCAUGGGACUUCAUCGCCCUGCGUGCACCCUGUAUCCCGGAAAUCGCCGAGGCUCACCAAGACUCGCCGCGACUGUCAAAUAACAUACGAUGUCUCCUAAUAACCUUCCUUGGUCUCGGUUUGGACGGACCCCACAAUGCCCGAAAAACUCUACAUCUCCUACAACAUCGUGCACAAACUAUGCCAGAAGGCCGCCCAAGAAAUCAAGGCGUCCGGCAUGAAGGUUGACCUUAUCAUUGCCAUUGGAGGCGGUGGGUUCAUUCCGGCCAGGAUUCUCCGCUCGUUUCUCAAAGACGGGUCGAAAAACAUCCCAAUUCAGGCAGUUGGAUUGUCGCUUUACGAGCAGAUGGGCAACACGACAGAAGAAAUGAUCGGCAAGGAGGUUGUGCGAACACAAUGGAUCGAUUUCGGCAACUUGAGCCAGCACUUGGACACGCUUAUUGGGAAAAACAUCAUUAUUGUGGACGAGGUCGAUGACACGAGAACCACGCUUCAUUAUGCCGUGAGCGAGUUGCAGCGCGACGUGGCGCGGGUGGAGAAGGAGCUUGCCCGAGAUGGCGAGACCACGAACAUGUCUGUUUUUGUGCUCCACAACAAGAAAAAGCCGAAGCGGGCCGAGCUCCCACAGGCCAUGCUUGAUUCAGGCCGCUAUUUUGUGGGCGAAAACGUAGACGAUGUGUGGAUCGCCUAUCCGUGGGAUGCCCAGGAUAUCGAUGAGCACACCGAGGCAGCAAAGAGACAGGGCAACUAUUGAAAGAGCUGGUGAAGACUGGUGGAAUCUAGAUUUGUAGGUAAUGAAGAUACUUGAGAUGGACGCGUUGUUGCUGUAGAUUUCUGCCGGGGUGUCUGGGAGGGCUAGAAUGAAGAGAUUGGCCUGGUUCUUUCUAAUGGUGUCGAGGAUGGAUGUGAUGGCUGGGGAUAUAGCAUAUCUAGAUGACAUGACCUUGACGAACUAAGAAAGAGUCAGAUUUUUGUCGACUGGACCACGGAUCGGAGUAUAUACUCGCGGUUAAAAGCUAGCUGAGAGAUGAUGAUGAGUCGAGAUAUACUGCCCAGGAUAUAAACAGGAAUAUUCACUAGCUGCUACAUCAAACAGGCGAUGAAGCAAGGAGACAAUGCCCUUUCCCAUCUAGUGAACUUAAAUAUGUUUGCGUCAGCCGACCACGUCACAAUUCCAAGUCUGGGCUCCUGCG